UUUAUUUCUCUAUUUUCAGGAAUAUAAUGGCUGAUUUAAAAGAGUAAUAUUAACUAUCAGUUAAAUUUUCAUGAUGCGAGGCCGAAAGAAAAAGAUUCCUGGUGCUGUGGAGCAGACUAAACCUGAAACUGUCGGGAAAAAAACUAAACCUGAACCUGUCGGGAAAAAACUUAAACCUAAACCUGUGAUAUCAGUUGAACCUCAAGAUGAAUUUGUGAACAGCCCAACUCCAAGUAUAGCUGGGAACACGGUUUCAGAUCCAGGAUCCUUAAAGUUCAAUUCAGCUCCGUCCAACGGUUCAGCUCCAUCCAACGGUCCUGCUCAAUCUAGCGGUUUAGCUCAAUCCAACGGUUUAGCUCAGCGUUUUCCUAAGAAAGAAAACCUUGCUGAAAUCCUGAUCAGAUUUGAAACUGCUCAAACACAGAUAGCCGAGCUGAGAUUCAAAAACCGGAAGUUGGAAGAGAUUAUUUCUGGUUCCGGUUCCCAAGUUAAGGAACUGGAGGAAAGUUUGAAGCAGUAUAAGACAAUGAAGAGUUAUAAUGAGAUCAUUGCAGAAGAGGAAUUUCAGUCUAAGCUGCUUGAAGCUGAAACGGAAAAAGAAACGGCGAUCAAAUCUCUAAAUCUUGAAGUUGAUCAGCUGACGAGGGAAAACGAAAUUCUGAAAACAGAUUUAUUAAAUUCUGCGUCAGAGAAAGAAUUUGAAUCCGUGCAGUCAAAAGGAGGAAAGGGGAGAAAGAACUCAAUUGAUAAUCUGAAAUCGAACAAGAUACUGAUCAAACUGAACAGCGAGAACUACACAAUGAAGAGGAACCUGGAGGAGAUGAAGGAGGAUCUUAAGAGGGAGAAGAAGGAGAAGGAGGAACUAAAUAUCCAAAUAUCUGCUCUUCAGUCCAAACUAAACACAGAGAGGAAUCUGUGUAUCCAGCUGAAAACUGCCCAGAGUGUUGCCGAGAACAAUGAGAAGGUUCAAGUUCAAGAUUUAAAACAAACCAUUCAAGUUCUGGAAGAGUCGAGACGGGCUGAAACGGAAAAACUCCGACAACAGAUGAAGAAGGAAAAGGAGAAGUUUACAAAGGAGAAGGAUAAACUAGAAACUGAACAACGUCAGCAGAUUGAACUCUAUAAGAAUCUUGAGAAACAAUUAAACUUAUCAACAGAAGCGAAGCAAGAGGCUGAAUCUUCCCUGAGGAUUCAGCUAGAAUCCAACAAGAAGAUGGCUCUGAUCAACCAGAUGGGCCGGGAGAAGACGGAGAAGUUCACAAACCUCGAGAAGGAGUUGAGGUUGUCCAGGGAGGAGAACAAGGUGAUGGAACUGCUGAGAAAGAAGGCUGAGGAGAGGCUGCAGAGGAUGGAACAUGACCUCAGUAAAGCAGGGGAGGUUAAGACGAGGCUGGAAAAGGAACUGGUGGUGGUGCGUAGAGAGAAUUUUCACCGAAAUACAUUGUUGCAAGAAGUUCGGGUACAAAUGUCAAAGUUUGAAUCAAAUCUCACGAAGUCAGAAGAAAAGAACUCCGAGCUCCAGGAUAACCUGGAGAUAGUUAACCAGGAGAACCUGAACCUGCAUCAGAAACUGGAAACCAGUCUCAAGGAAACCUUGGCUUUGGUUGAGGAAAAAGCAGCUUUGCUAACGGAAGUAAGAACAAUGUCUGAACUGCAGAAGAAGUAUUCAAGGUUGAAAGAUACACUGGCAAGGUAUGUUGAGAAGCAUAAAGCAUGUAGAGAAAAGCAUGGUCCGAUCAUUACAAAAGCUCCAACUAGUGUUCAGAGCAAAGAUCUAAAUGAUCUCUUGGAGAAAGUUAGACCUGUUGUUCAAGCUCUCCAACAAGGUCCGAACCCAGAGAAGCAGAUGUCAACAACCCAAACCCAUAUCUCCAUGGAGACAACUAAUGCCACCAGGGAUCCAAGAAAGGUGGCUCGCACAAGAAGCGCUGAAAUAGCUAAUAGCUCCAAUCUAGUCGACUCCUCCAGUACUAUCUACCACCCUGAGUCAAGUAGGUCCAACUCCCCCUACGAUCCUGCCGAAGGUAUUGAUGAGAACCUAACUGGUUCUGAACCUAUUAGAAUUAAACCUCUGCCUGCGUAUCGCCUGUAUCCUGAGGUUCAAGAUGAACCUCCUCCUCCUCCCGCCAUAUUUAUGAAUACAAACAUUUACAAUCAGGGAACAGGAUACAGAGAUACAAACACACAGGAAGUACGAAGAGUACCCGUUCCAGCUACCGGUCAUAUUCUGCCAGUAGGAAAUGCGCCAAUCUCAAUCCCUGGCCCAGCCGGAUCAAGUUAUGCCGCUGCCGCAGCGGCCGCCAGCGCUAGCUUUGCCGCUGAAACCAAUUAUCCCCUAGUUCCUGUAGUGGAUACGAACUACCCGACGGAGCAGGAGAUUCUCGGGGCAAGGUUCAGGGAGGCAGACGGUAUGUUACAGGCCUGGAUUCAGAGGAUGGCAACAGGGUCCAGUGGACCUCCAAGCCGACCUCCCAGCGUUGAGAUAUGCCUGGAUGGACCUGACGGAAGGAAUGAAGAAGACGCCAUUAUUGUUCUCUCCGACAACGAGGGAUCCAGGAGAAGAAAAUCGAGAAAAUCCGCGGAAACCCAUAGAAGCAAGAGGAAGAAGAGAACUAGGUUUGAAGAUAAAAAGAAAUAUUAG